AUGUUAGUAUUGAAAAACAUGUUCCUUGACAAAAUAAAACCAACUACAGAAAUAAAUGACGCAAGACUGAAACAUUGGGUAAAAGCUUUCCCAUUCACAAAAGAUAUUAUUGGUAACAUGGAAAGAAAACCAGAAUGGCUACAAAAACAUAUAUUUGGAAACGAGCUUAUUCCAUAUGGACAAGCUCUGUUUGAAGAGCUUGAACCGGAAACUCAGGAAAGAGUCAUGCAAACAAUACGCGAAGACUCAAAUACAAACUAUGACAAAAUCUUUCUAGGAUAUAGGUUACCUGAGAUGGGCGACCAGAGCCCAAAGGCAAAAAGGACAUGGGAAAUUUACAACAUACUAGGUGAACAUGAGGCAAAGAUGCAACAACUUGAAGCAGAGGGCAAGUUACCAAAAGCGACACCAAAGAAGAAGAGAAGAGUAGAACAAAGUGAAAGUAGUGAAGAAGUAACUUCAUCUAGUGAAAGUAGUGGCAAUGAAGGAAAAAGAAGAGUUAAAAACUCAGCCAGGAAGAAAGUAAAGCUUGGUCCACGGGGGUUCUAUUAUGACACAUAA